AUGUCUGUGAUUGAAAACUCUCUGCGGGAUCUGAAAGCCGAAGGCGAAUGGAUUGAGUCAGACAGUGAGGAGGGGACCAUUUCCCGGGACAUGCAAAGACUUCGGCAUUGGGGGCACAACGAGAAGCAAAAGAAUUUAUUAACCAAGGAGCUACAAGACAAUGCUCCUAAAAACAAAGGAAAAAUAAAGAAACCGAAAAGGAAAAGGAAAAAGAAUCCAAGGGGAAGAUUAAGUAGACCUUGGAUUAACGAUGCAAGGGCAGUUUCUUCAACGCUCCAUCGAAAAAUCAAAUUCGUGGUAGGCUACAAGUUGACCAUGGUUCUAGCUAAAGACUACACUCAAAUCAGCGAGCCGUCCACCACAUCUUAA